GGAAAAGUGAUGCCCUGAGAAGAGGACAGAGACUCGGGAAACAUGCAUUUAAGGGCGAUUACGUUUUUUUAUCGACGCGAUAUAUACGCACGCAUAAUUCAUUAACUGUGGUGUUUUUUGCUACGUAGAAGGGGGCGGAUUUUGUAGCAAAGAAAAAACGAUAGUGGAUAUCAGACGAAUAUCAGAUGAAUGGGCGAGAUCAAAACGGGGUGUUUGAUUUGAACCAUGACUGACUGACAGUAGGUUAAAAUUACUGUUUUUUCUUCUCCUGGUUUGAUGGAAACGAGUGGAACUUUGCAAUUCUGGGGAAAUACAAAGCCUUCUGUUUUCUCAAGCAUGGGUGGACAGAUAGACAGUCAAAAAAGGUAAAAAAAACAUUGGGCUGAAUUGCUUGGAAAAAUUCUGCCACUGUUGUAAGCAGCCAUGUAGGCCAUCAGAGGAAAAAACUGAAACGAGAAAAGCACAAAGAGAGCAAUAAACAGUAAGCAAUGAGGGGUGAAGAAAAACACAAGACCUGUCAGAAUUUGGGGUCCAUUUUAAGUAAACAAACAAAAAAACAUCACCUUGGUGUAAUUGUGCUGUAAAAGGAACGUGGAUUUGCACGAUGGCUCCUGAAGGCAUAGGGGAGCUUCGAGACUUGUUCUUUUUACUGGUGCUGUGCCUGACACUUCUGUCUGAACUAUUGGAGAUGGCCACAGCUUCUUCACAUGGAUUGGAUGGUCAGGGUGGCAUAGAAUGCCCUUCUGUGUGUCGCUGUGAUGAAGACUUCAUUUACUGCAAUGACCGUGGACUGAGUGCAAUCCCACCACUACCACAAUCUGCAACUGUCCUAUAUUUUCAGAACAAUCACAUUGAUAAUCCAGGGCUUCCUAAAUCCUUGGAGCAUCACAUUAAAGUCAGUGUAAUCUAUCUCUAUGAUAACGAGUUGGAUGACUUUCCAAUGCAAUUGCCACCUUCAUUAAGAGAGCUUCACCUCCAGGACAACAACAUUAGAGUGUUGCCACGGGCUGCACUUGCCAGACUUCCACUUCUUCAAAAGUUGCAUCUGGACGAUAACUCUGUUUCUACAGUUAGUAUUGAGGACCAGGCUUUUGCAGACAACCCUCGACUACGUUUACUCUUCCUUUCCAGAAACCACCUUUCCAGCAUCCCAUCAGGUCUUCCUUCUGCACUUGAAGAGCUUCGUUUAGAUGACAACCGAAUCUCCACCAUUCCCACUCAUGCCUUCCGUGGUUUGUCAUCUUUACGCCGUUUGGUUUUGGAUGGUAAUCUUUUAGCUAAUCAGCGUAUAGCUGAUGAUACUUUCUCACGCCUGUCAAAUUUAACAGAACUUUCCCUAGUGCGUAAUUCUCUUCAGACACCCCCACUAAACCUGCCCAGUGCCCACUUGCAGAGACUGUCCCUUCAGGACAACGCUAUUAUACACAUGCCUCGAGGCUCUCUUGAUGGUAUGUGGCGACUACAGCGCCUAGAUCUUUCUGGAAACAAUCUGACAACUCUUCCCAGAGGCUUGUUCAGAGACUUGGAGAGUCUGGGACAGCUACUUGUGCGAGGAAACCCUUGGCAUUGUGGAUGUAACUUGCGGUGGCUGCAUGACUGGCUAGAAGCAAAGGGGAACACAAUUACAGUGAGAGGCUUUAUUUGUCAAACACCAGAGAAAGUUCGAGACAUGGCGCUAAGAGACCUCACAAAUCAGAUGGAUGAAUGUGAGUUAGCUGCUGCUGGAGGUGGUGGAGUAGGUGCAGGGAAUGGUGGUAACAGAGUGAGUGGGGCAAGUUUUGGAGCCAUUUCUACCACUCUUCCCCCACCUCAAGGGUCUCUAUUCACACUUCGGUCCAAACGCCCAGGCUUGGGUCUCCCAGAAACUGGGUUGGACUACACAUUAAGCAGCAGUGGUGUGGGAAAGAACCUGGCCCUAAAUGUGAAACCUUUGUCCCAUGACAGCAUCCGGGUUACUUGGAGUGUGGCGCAAACAACAUCUUCUUUUCGAUUAAGCUGGCUUCGCCUGGGAACCAGCUCAACCAUGGGGUCUAUCACAGAGACCUUGGUUAGAGGUGAUCAGCGGGAGUAUCUACUAACCUCCCUGCAGCCUGCUUCCAGCUACAUCAUCUGCAUGGUGCCUCUAGUGUCUUACAGUGGAAGCAGAAGUAGUUUGUCUUGGGGUAAUACAGACUCAAAUGAGGUUCCAGUUUGUGCCAGAACUGAAACAUCUGAUCCCAACCACUCUGAUGAUGAUAAAAGUGAGGAUCAAAGCUCGGUUCAAAUUACUUCUAUUCCACUUGUUGGAAUUAUUGGAGGUGCUACAGCAAUAGUUUCCCUGGCUCUAAUCAUUGCCAUUUUUUGCUGGUAUGGGCACCGUGCAGGGCGCCUCACCUCAAGAGACCACUACAGCCAAAGCAGCUCUCGCAAAAGUAAACACUUUGAUGACUACAUUGAGUCAGGCACCAAGAAAGAUAAUACAAUUUUAGAGAUCAGAGGCCCUGGAUUUCAGAUGACACCUAUAGCAGCAAGACAGCCCCUUCAACCCAAACCUGUACAAGAUGAUUACAUCAUACAUACAAUAUUCCCUUCCAAUGGCACAGGUCUAUACAAGCCACCCAUUAACAUAAGCAAUUCUGGUUAUGGCAUAAACCGUGGCUAUAGAGAAGGUGGCGUUCCAGAUAUAGAUUACUCCUACACAUGAUACCCCUAUAGCAACCUUCAAAUAUGAGUCAUGUACUGCAUAGAUACACAAUUUUUAAUCAGCAUGGGCACUGCAGAAUUCCUUUGUGCCUUCUGGUCUCUAUUGCAACGUAGCCUGCUGAUCACUGCUGACACUAUAAAAUUCAUAAUUGUUCCAGAUGUUUAUAGGAAACAUCAUUAUAAGUGUGGUGCCAGAAGCCAGUGAUGCCAUUUCAGGUGGUGAUACCAAAUGCUCUUUGAAUUCUUGGUGUAAUGAUUAGUGUCCCUGAAACUGCUGUUUUAUCUGUGGCUGACACACCAAGGUCAAUUCAAGGGCAGCAAACACCACAUUUAGCUCAAAGACUCUUUUUUUUGUAGAGCUCAUUUCAUAACCAGAAAGAAUGGUGGUUUUCUUACAAUAAGUAACCAACCUGGCAUAUUUUUUUGUCUCCUAUAGGGUAAAAUGUCCCUAAGAAUUUGAAUGAUGACUGCUUUUUUUGGUAUCAGAAAUGGUAUCAAGUCCAGUGUCAACCCAGAUAGCUUCUCUUUUCAUAGGAAACCGGUAAUGGUUUAGGCAAGUGAAACUUUUGUGUAAGCUGGGUUGACACUGUUUUUGAAGAUAUGCGCUGCACAAGACAUGAUUACGGCUAUUACUAAAUGUGGAGUGUCUGGAACAGGCAAAGACAUCCAGAAUCAACAAUAUGGCUUUCUGAUGCUUCAAUGAAGACAUUCAACAAGGAUUAUGAUGACUGAUGGACUGAUGAAAGAUAUAGAUAUAUAAAAUGGGAUUGAAACACCUUGUGUGUUGAUACAUACAAAAACACACAAUGAAAAUUAUAAUGUAAUAAUCAAAACAACUGGGUUUCCUCUUUAACUAAUGGUUUUAGAGGUUUUGAAUGACAAACAAGUAAAUUCUCUUUACAAUAAAAAACACUUUUAAAAUGUAAAAAUGUGUGUAUAAAAAGGCGAAUCUUGCUAAUGGUACUACACUAACGUAUCAGAAAGACUUUUUCUAAAGUCACCAAAACUCCCAACCCCUAUUUUGUUUUGCAAUGAGGCUAAUCCAGUAUCCUGCUAAGAUAAGAAAUGGUUGAUGUCUACAUUCUAACUAUAUCUAUUGUUGUCUCCAAAUGGCACUGUGAAGAUGUGGCCUCAGUGCUAACCUGAUCAAUUAUACUUCUACCUGAGAGGUAGAGGGUGGGUGGAAGAGGGAAACUGGAAAUCUGAACCGUAAAACUGUGGACCAUCACUGUGGGACAUGAAGAGGGCUUUAGAAUGUUGCAUAGUGUUGUAGGGUGCAUUUGAUUUUCAAGAUUUUUCCUCCCUCAUUUUCUUACAUGCACGUUAAAUAUGUUUGUCACUGUCUUUACCCUGUUGAAUUAGGUAACGGCAGUAUAAAUUGAUAAUUAAAACACUUGUUAGACAAUUUACAACGUGGUACCAAGGUACAGAGAUAGAAAGAGUCUGCGUGUUAUAUGUGUAAGAUCCCAGAGUCUCUAUGACAUUUCGGUUUGGUUAUUCUGUACGUGUUGUUUAUACAUUUGAGGGGGCUGUGGAAAAUUAUAAACAGCUAACACUGCCUUGUGUAUUGCAAUGUACUGAUUAGCUAUGUACUUGACAAAAGGAGAAAGGGAAGAUGGAUAGAAUCGGACACUAUAAAACAUCAAGAGGAUAGACACAAAAUAUGUCUAUACUGAAGCAGCGCCUUAAUCAUCUGUGCACAAAGCAUUUUUCAUCUUGUUGUAUGCUGUUGCUAUGUCUUCUUUCCCUUUACUCAAAGAAUUAUUCCUAACUGCUAUUUCAUGAAUGGAAAUUAAUCUUGCUCUUAUUUCUGUUUAAAUAUAUUUUUGGUUCACUUAUGUUAAACACAGUUAUUUAUGUGUUAUUUGUUUAAUCCCUAUUUAUUUUGUUAUUUUAAGACCAUUUUAAGACAGAUAUUUUAAGUGCGGAGAGAGAGAGAGAGAGAGAGAGAGAGAGAAUGGGACAUGCAUUCUAUAAACCAACAGCUAUUUGUCUGUUUGGUUGUUUGCAUAUUUUCUGUAACCCCAGUGCAACAGUUUUAAAGGAAGAAUUCACCAAAAAUAAAAGUUUUGUCAUGUUUUACUGAUGACAUACGUUGAUAUCAUUACAAACCCACAUGACUUCCUUCUGUACAACACAGGAGGAGAUAUUUUAAAGAAUUUUUAUGCUGCUCUUUUCUGUUCAACAACAGCAUACAGUCAUUGGGAAUUAUCAAAAGCACAAUAACAGUAGUCCCACUGUUGCCUCACAACAAGAAGGUUCCUGGUUUGAGUUGUGGCCAUGCCAAGAAACCCUUCUGUGUGAAGUUUGCAUGCUCUUCCUCUGUCAACGUGGAUUGUGUUUUCCCCACAGCCCAAAGACUAAAGAUUUUCUUUAGGUAUGUGAGUGCUAUGAAUGUGUGUCUGUGUCCUACAGGCCAUCUUUCCAGGGAGUACCCCACCUCUGGGAUAGGCUCCAUCCAUCCAAGUCGGUUCAGACAAUAGAUAUUGUAAAUAUGCUUUGUGUGUUUGUUUUUGCACUGAAAUCACAAACCUUGCCUCUCAAAUAAUACCUCUCAAAUGUAUUUUGCGUUUUCAACUUGUGCAGGUGCAGGGGUUUGACAUCAGUGAUACUACAUGCCACUGGAUCUUGCUAAUUUGUAACCUAUUGCAAAAAGCAUGAAUAAUGUUGAGUACAUGACACAGACUUUUAUUUAUGAAUGAACUAUUUCUUAAAAUCGUUGAUUUGAAGCUUACAAGGGAAUAUGCGUCACACCUCAACAUCUAUUUUUUUAUUUCAUGGUGAUUGUAACAGAGAUCCACACAGUUGUUACAAUGGCAUUUAAACUAUAUUGCAUAUUUUAAAUCACUCUUCAGAUG